GCUCCAGAAAUUAUAUUGGGGUUGCCAUUUUGUGAAGCCAUAGACAUGUGGUCAUUGGGAUGUGUGAUUGCAGAAUUAUUCCUCGGAUGGCCGCUCUACCCAGGAGCCUUGGAGUAUGAUCAGAUUCGAUACAUUUCUCAGACUCAAGGUUUACCAGGAGAACAGUUGUUAAAUGUGGGUACGAAAUCCACAAGAUUUUUUUGCAGAGAAACAGAUAUGUCUCAUUCUGGGUGGAGAUUAAAGACACUGGAAGAGCAUGAGGCAGAGACAGGAAUGAAGUCUAAAGAAGCCAGAAAGUACAUAUUCAACAAUCUGGAAGAUAUAGCGCAUGUGAACACAGUGAUGGAUUUAGAAGGAAGUGAUCUUUUGGCUGAGAAAGCUGAUAGAAGAGAAUUUGUUAGUCUGUUGAAGAAAAUGUUGCUGAUUGAUGCAGAUUUAAGAAUCACUCCAGCUGAGACUCUGAACCAUCCUUUUGUUAAUAUGAAACAUCUUCUAGAUUUCCCUCAUAGUAACCAUGUAAGGUCCUGUUUUCAUAUUAUGGAUAUUUGUAAGUCCCACCCAAAUUCGUGUGACACAAAUAAUCACAAUAAAACUUCAUUUUUAAGACCAGUUGCUUCAAGCAGUACUGCUACUCUGACGGCAAAUUUCACUAAAAUAGGAACAUUAAGAAGUCAGGCAUUAACCACAUCUGCUCAUUCAGUUGUGCAUCAUGGAAUACCUCUGCAGGCGGGAACUGCUCAAUUUGGUUGUGGUGAUGCUUUUCAACAGACGCUGAUUAUCUGUCCCCCAGCUAUUCAAGAGAUUGUCUAUUGCUGCAAUAUAUCUACACUGCCUGGGUGUGCUCUCUACUAUAGUCCAUUUCUUGGAGAAUUUGCUGAUCAAGACAUGCUUUUUGGAAGGGGUAUUCCUGCAACGCAUGGUAAACCCACUAGUUAUUCUAUAAGGGUAGAUAGUACAGUUCCACUUGUAACUCAGGCCCCCGCUGUGCAGCCACUACAGAUCCGACCAGGAGUUCUUUCUCAGCAGACAUGGUCUGGUAGAACACAGCAGAUGCUGGUACCUACUUGGCAACAGGUAACACCCAUGGCUCCUGCUGCUACUACACUAACUUCUGAGGGUGUGGCUGGUUCACAAAGAUUUGGAGACUGGGGGAAAUUGAUUUCACACAGCAAUCAUUAUAACUCAGUGAUGCCACAACCUCUUCUAACCAAUCAGAUAACUUUAUCGGCCCCUCAGCCAAUUAGUGUGGGCAUUGCACAUGUUGUCUGGCCUCAGCCUGCCACUACGAAGAAAAAUAAACUGUGCCAGAACAGAGGUAUUUUGGUAAAACUAAUGGAAUGGGAGCCAGGAAGAGAGGAAAUAAAUACUUUCAGUUGGAGUAAUUCAUUGCAGAAUACCAAUAUCCCACAUUCAGCAUUUAUUUCUCCAAAGAUAAUAAAUGGAAAAGAUGUUGAGGAAGUAAGCUGUAUAGACACACGGGACAAUCAUAAUGCAGAAGGAGAGGCAAGAAGUUGCUGUGAAACAUCUAUCAGACAGGACUCUGAUUCAUCAGUUUCAGACAAACAGCGGCAAACCAUCAUCAUUGCUGACUCCCCGAGUCCUGCAGUGAGUGUGAUAACUAUCAGCAGUGACACUGAUGAGGAAGAGUCGUCAUCACAGAGACAUUCACUCAGAGAAUGUAAAGGUAGUCUAGAUUGUGAAGCUUGCCAGAGCACUUUGAAUAUUGAUCGGAUGUGUUCAUUAAGUAGUCCUGAUAGUACUCUGAGCACCAGCUCCUCAGGGCAGUCCAGCCCAUCCCCUUGCAAGAGACCAAGCAGUAUGUCAGAUGAAGAGCAGGAAAGUGGUUGUGAUACUGUGGAUGGCUCUCCAACAUCAGACUCUUCAGGGCAUGACAGUCCAUUUGCAGACAGUAGUUAUGUGGAAGACACUCAUCAAAACACAGAACUGAUAACCUCAGCUGACACAGAAACCAAGCCAGCUGUUUGUACGGUUGUGGUGCCACCAAUGGGACUAGAAAAUGGAUUAAAUGCCGAUGAGCAUAUGGCAAACAGAGAUUCUAUAUGCCAGCCAUUAAUAAAAGGACGAUCUGCCCCUGGAAGAUUAAACCAGCCUUCUGCAGUGGGUAAUCGUCAGCAAAAAUUGACAUCAGCAUUCCAGCAGCAGCAUUUGAAUUUCAGUCAGGUUCAGCACUUUGGAUCUGGGCAUCAAGAGUGGAAUGGAAACUUUGGGCAUCGAAGACAGCAAGCUUAUAUCCCUGCUGGUGUUACAAGUAAUCCAUUCACUCUCUCUCAUGGAAGUCCCAAUCACACAGCAGUGCAUGCCCAUCUGUCCGGAAGCACGCACCUUGGAGGACAGCCUACUCUACUUUCAUACCCAUCAUCAGCUACCUUCAGUAAUGCUGCACCAGUGGCCCACCUCUUAGCCUCUCCAUGUACCUCAAGACCUAUGUUACAGCAUCCAACUUAUAAUAUCUCCCAUCCCAGUGGCAUAGUUCACCAAGUUCCAGUGGGCAUAAAUCCCCGUCUAUUACCAUCCCCAACCAUUCAUCAGACUCAGUACAAACCAAUCUUCCCACCACAUUCUUACAUUGCAGCAUCACCUGCAUAUACUGGAUUUCCAUUGAGUCCAACAAAACUCAGCCAGUAUCCAUAUAUGUGAAAACUCAAAAACAGUAUAUUGAGGAAGCUCAAUGAUACAAACAUUUGAUUAAAAAUAAAAACAUGGUAUUUAAUAAAUAUUAGCCAUGGCACAAGAAAAUUAUUUUUGAAUCAUGUAGACUUGGGUGCAAUUUAAACAACUUUGAGCUUUAAAAAAACUCACUUUUGAUGUGUUUUGCACAUUUGGUAUAACUUGUCUUUGGUCAUGUUAUCUUCUUAUGUAGUAACUCUAGACAGGUGACUUAUGGGGGCAGAAGUCCAGUUUUGCUCCUGCUAUUUUUUAUAAAUUGCCUUCUAACUAGUGCAAGACACGUCCACAUUUGGGAAGCCAUUCUGUAUACAGACUUAGAGCAACAGAUGCACAUAUGUCAGAAUUACAGCAUACAAGUGAAUUGUAUUAUCUGUGUCUUAGUGUAUAAAUGUUGGUCACUUACCUAAGAAAUUGAGCUAUUGUUCUUUACAUUUGCAUGUGUCUUUUGCAUGGGCAAAAUGUUGCCUAGACUUUGCUCUUAAAUGUUGUUCUAAUAAUCUCAGCUGCAUUGUAAACCGUUCCCACACAUAGUGCCUUAAAUAUUUGAGGUUGUUAAUGUUAUUACCUAUAUAUAAAUGUUGAGGACUGCAGCACUUAAAUUCAGACCUACUCUUUAGUUUUCUUUUGAUAGAGUAAUGUUCAUUUCUAGUUUUGUGUGGUAUGAUUUCAGGUAGUAGCUGUUUUUUCCUUAUUAAGAGGGCAGCAUGUUUGCUGUAGCUGAAUUCUGCUGUCUGAUUUUUCAGAAUGAUCUAGCUUCAAGAAAAGCAAGCAGUUAGUAGUGCUUAAGAAAAAUUGAUUCAGUAUCUAAUGGAUAGUUGAUAACUGUCACAGCACAGCAUUUUAUAUACUGUUAAGUGAAACUGCAAUACAAUCUAAGUUUAUUUUGGGAGUGUUUGCCGUAUAAUUGGACUUAAAAUGUUUAGAGGUACAGUAGGCAUGACUUUGAGUAGAUAAUGAAAGAAAAUGCAAAAUGCUCAUUGAUUCAUGAUGUGGUUUCAUCUUAGCUUGGGCAAACCAUGCAGUAUUUAAUAAGUAGUAGCAGAAUAUUUACUAUUGAAGCUUGAAAAGAUGUGAGUUCUUUGUGUGCAAUUUUUCAUUUAUGCAUGUUAAAAGGGUUUUUUUUGUUUUUUGGGGUUUUUUAAAAGUAUUUUUACAUUGUAGUUCUUGUUUUGCUUGUUGGUGGUGUUUGCUUAUUUAAUACAUUCCGUCAGGGACAGAAAUUACAUGCUUUUUUUCCUUGGAAGUGUGUCUUGGUUUUUUCCUUCCUUUAUUUUUUCUUCUUUUUUUGGUGGUGGUGGUGGUUAUGUUUAAAUGAAGUUGCUUUUACAGCACCAAAGACUUAAUCAUCAAUUUCGUAUAUAAAAGGUAGCUACUUUUUGCAUAGACCUCAAGUAUAUUGUAGAAUAGAGGUGGAAUUUAAGGAAAGGUAUUAAACAGAGGCUGUGUUUUAGCUUACAGGCAAGUAAUAAAUUGUAUCAUUUAUCUUGAAUGUAUCAUAGAUAAGCUGCUAUAUAACGAUUGCCACUUCAGAUAGCUGUGAAAUUAGGUGAUUAACUAGUUGUUAUUUAGCCUUCUAAUUUCUGUAUAAGUCAAAUUACAUGAAAUAGAAGUUGGGGUUUUGAUUUUUUACUUUGCUUUUCUGUUUGGAGUGUCAUUGUAACUACUGUAUUGUAAAUGAUGGAAAAUAAUUGCAUAUGUUAUUUUGGGGUGUGUUAUUUGCAUCAGUAUUUUAUCUCUAUUAAUGUUUGUGCUCAUCACUGCAUAUAAAAAAACUUGGAUGUAUCAAUGUAACUUAAUUUUUUUAUUUUCAUACUGGCAUUGUAGACACUUGAGAAAGCUGUAUCUUGCAGGCUUGACUUAACUUUUUUUCCUUAAAAAUCUGGAAUAUAAUCUUAUAGCAUUUACUGGAAUAAACAGUACAAAGCAUUUGAGUGUAAAACUCUCCAAAUGUUUUGGAUUUACAGCGUUUCUUUGAUAAAUGAAUUGCAUACCACUAGUACAGCUCUAAUACAGUGUUGACAAUAAGCUAAUAAUGGAUAAACUUUUCUUUACUCCAUUAACACAAGCAGUGUUUUAUUUAAUGAUCAUCAGUGAAAUAAAUGUGCCUGAAAUUGAUUUUAAAAAUUACAGUAUUAGAUCAUAAAAUAAAAACCAGCAGUACAUUUUUAGUCACACUGAAAAUGAAGGACUUAAUUUUCCCCACAAGUUUCAGUGUUUUUAGUAAUCAAUUCUAUGCAUUUUAUAUAAAUAGAAAUAUAUAUAUAUAUAUAAUACACAUACAAAAGGAGUAGCCUAAGAUUAAUUUAAAAGAUUAUUUACAGAUGACAAAUUUAUGGAGUCACUAUUUAAGUAAAUUUGCUGCCCUCCACAGCCUUCUAAUUUUAUUUAUAUGGUCCAGCAGAUUAUUGGUAUCUGCUCACUUCUUGGAAAAGAAUCAAUGCUGGCAAUGGAUGUUUCAGAAACACCAAGUGUAAAGAUUGAUUGUAUCACAACAGGUACAAACUAGCGCGUUUUUUUUUUGUUCAGGGCCAUGUUUACUACCCUGAAAUGUUGUAUUUUCUGUAUAUAAGUUUGAAGACUGAGGUAGUCUUGUCAAAUUGACAGUAAAUGAUAAACUUCAGCAUUUUCAUAUUACGGUAGUAAUGUUUGGUAAAGGCAUAUCCCAGUUCACUGCUUUUAAUUAAUUGCAAUCAUGGGCUUUUUAAUGUGUUUAAAAAUAAAUUCAAAAUUCUGCUGAAGUCUAAAUUUAGCAUAUUGACAAAAAUCUGGGUUUUUUUUAAACCCUCUUUAAAACAAUUUUUACUAGUUUUCUUUGGUUUUAAUGCUUUCUUAAAUAAAACACUGCAUAAUUUCCAAGUUGCGUAUUUGCAUACUAUUUUAAUUUGCAAAUUAUUUUUUGUCAAAUAAAGUGAUAUUUAGUUGUUUUUUCUUUCCUUCAGGGUGUUUAAUUAAAUAUGUUACUGUAUUAGCAAAACCUUUUCAUUUUUUAAAUACCUAUUGCUAAUAUUAAACUUGGUUUGUUUUAAGUAAAAGUUAAAUCAUACACUGCAAGGUGUAGGAAGAUUUGUUUUAAUGAACCCAAUGAUAUAGAUUUGAUUACUAAGUUCGAACUGUCAACUAUUUAACAAUUUUAGACUUGUGGCUUUCUUUCUUUGGUUUGUUUUUGCUUUUAUUUCUAUGCUACACUAGUUUGCCAUGUAGCAAUUGCACUGUGCAAUAUUACAAUAAGGACUGGGAAAAUUUUUAUGGAUGUAAUGUCUAUUACGGUUUGCGAUAGUAUUUCUCUCUAGUUCUCAGUGAUUUAAAUGUGACCAAGCCUUCUGUACUUUGUCACAAAAAGCGGGUUUUCCAGGUGACUAUUUUGGUGAGUGUCAAAAUAAGAAUUUAUGGUGUAUUACUGUCGAUUCACUUUGAAUUAAAAUAUAUAUAUUGCAGCAAA